AUGGUGAACUAUUCGGACCGUACAGAGCCAGUACUGCCGAUCGAUGUCACUAAUUAUGCUAUUCAAACACCCAAACAAAGAUUCUCCGCAGAUCAUGUUUUAGAUCAUGUCAACGAUCUUCAGCACUCUAUUCACGAACUCCCGAGGAAUGCUAAAACGGCUUCCUUGACUGGUGCGCCUCGACCAGCAUUUUGGAGAAUGAACCUGGUAGCUUUAUCGCAGAAGUAUAAUAUGUACUUUGCAGCAUAUAUGGAUACGAUACACGUCACCAAACCUCGAACAAUCAAACAAAUUCUACCCGGUGUUCCAGACUUGAUUCUUCGGUUACCAGUGUCGAAGAAUGCCGGUCCUGGAUAUCUCGAUCGAAAUCGCCCGCACUGCGUUAAUAAUAUGAUAAUUGGCAACCUCGGUGACAAAGAGAUAUUGUUAUUCUGCACCGAUGACGGAGAUGUAACGGCAUACUAUACAUAUCUUAUAGCGGGAGAACUUCAAUCAACAGUAAUGAGUACAGCGUCGUCAAUUCCUAUCGGCAGCACAAAGCCGUUUUUUCUCGAGAACGUCGGUAGUAGUGCUUGGGGUCUUGCUAUUCAUCAAAAAUCGCGCCUUAUUGCAGUAAGUUCUAACAAAAGAGAAGUCACUGUCUUUGUACAUGGCAUUCAUAGCAAUGAGACUUGCGACUGUGCUGUGAUGGGCACUACCUUUGAUCAGUUUGUUCAUGGCAAUGCCCAGAGACUCUUUCCUGUCGAGGAAUGUUAUUCAAAAGGCCGGGUGUACAAGAGUGGUGGACCUCUUGCAAGCAGUUCAUUUCCUCUGAGAACCUAUGCACAACAUAUCACACGUGAUCCCCCCCGACGUGAAGUCCCAUAUCCGCCAAUCACAUCACCUUGUAACCGUGACUUCAGGUUAAUCCUCAAACCUGGCAAGGCCAGUCACAAUAUUCCUGCCAUUACUUUUGCAGAUGAUAAGCAUGGCUUAGCCGAAUCAAUCCUUGCUACUGAUAUUCUUGGCGAUUUGUGGUUGUUAAAAAUAUGGCAGAGUCACAGGGAGUUGAUUGGAUUGCAGCUUCGCGGGUCAGAAGGCCGAGCGCCAAAUCAGAUGUCAGUACACCCCCAGAUAAUCAAGAUUGUGCUCUCUAACAAACCUAGGGGCUGGGGCGUCAUGACCAUACCCCAGCGGUUUUUCAAACCCUCCCCAAAUUUUCAAGAUGCUUUAGGCAUGGAUUAUUUAGACUCUGUUUGGGAGAAUUCCGUACACAAUAGGGAAGGGAUUUGUUGUAUGAACAUUACUUCCAGCAUGAUGCAUGCUGAGCAUUUCCCCACAAUCUUACAAGAUGCGAAUGAUGUUGAGCCUGCGAGUUCGUUAAUACCAAGCAACCAGGUUAUCGGUGUUGGCGCUCCCGGGAUCAUGGACAAUGGGGAGGUGGAAGAUGGGCAACCGAUUUUUCAUGAAUUGCAUGGUGUAGAGGACGAGGGCGAUGGGGCUUUUGUGAGUGGUAACAUGGCCACAUUCGUUGAGCCAAUACGUAAUCCUAAUUGGUCGAUCAUUGAAGAUGAUAGAAACGAUGAACAGGACCAAGACGAGAAUUAUAUCCGCAGCAGCUCGCCACCUAAUCAGCUGCAGGGAUUGUAUGCCUCUACCAAGAGGAAACAUUCUAGAACCAACCCACGGGGGAGACAGUUUGCCAUAGAGCCCAAAGACUUUCUCGAAAAAUUCAAGUUUCUGAUCACAUUUGGUCGUGUUUUCAACAAGAUGCCUGAAGUUCUCUCUAUGCCUGGCAUGAGAGAUAUUAUGUUUAGAGAUCAACAACGAUACCAGCGUUUCCCUGCUUUCGUGGAAGAAAAAAUGACAUUUCAACCCAUCCUCAGUGAUGAAGCUGUCAUCCUUCGAACUUGGCGGGACAGCAUCGAACUUGUGUCUCCGUAUCGGUUCAUACCUCCAGUGGUAUGCUCACAUGCCUUUGGUCGUCAAAGAGCGCCGAGAGCCUUCGGCGAAAACUUCCAGGAUAUUUCUAGAAUCAACAUGAUGGCAUUGAUACCGGAACUAUCGCUUGUCGUUGUUGCCUCUCAGGGUGGACAAGCGGCUUUACUGUCACUUACAACCGUGGACGUCUUGUUCACCAAAUCUCCCAUUACUACUUUCCGUAUUGAGGCUCUCCUUCCACCUCGGAAAGUAGGGGGAAAUCAUCUACCCGGUGAUGAAGAACCGAACCCCCCACUUCUUGGAUUGGCCGUGUCCCCGCUACAGAAAGGUGAGGACAUCGAAUUGGAUGCAGGAGAUGAUCCGAAGAAGUGGAGACUCAUUAUGCAGAGUUAUGAUCAUACGAUUUGGACGUAUGAGUUGAGUAGGGAUGUAAAUGAUGUUUUGUGUGUUUUUUGA